UCUCCGUCGCCUCCCCAAUCUCCUUUUGUUCUGCACACAAGGCGCCUGUCGAAGCGAUCGCACCACCUUAACCAUGCUCGUCCUCUUCGAGACCUCCGCUGGUUACGCCCUCUUCUCGGUGAAGAACGAGUCCAAGCUCGCUGACACCGACUCCAUCUGGAAGGAGUUCGAGACUGCCGAUAAGGCCAACAAGCUCGUCAAGCUCCAGGCUUUCGGCAAGUUCCAGAACACCACCGAGGCUCUGUCCGCCGCCACCGCCCUCCUCGACAACAAGGUCCCCAAGGAGCUCAAGAACUUCCUCAAGAGCGAGGUCCUCAAGAAGAACCUGACCGAUGAGCUGGCCGUCGCUGACGCCAAGCUCGGCGGUGUCAUCAAGGAGAAGCUCGGCAUCGCCUGCAAGCACAACGAUGCCAUCAACGAGCUGAUGCGCGGUAUCCGCUCCCAGUUCUCCAGCCUCAUGAGCGGCCUCCCCGAGGAGGAGCUCGUCGCCAUGCAGCUCGGUCUGUCCCACUCUCUGUCCCGCUACAAGCUCAAGUUCAGCCCCGAUAAGGUUGACACCAUGAUCGUCCAGGCCAUCUCCCUCCUCGACGACCUCGACAAGGAGCUCAACACCUAUGCCAUGCGCAUCAAGGAGUGGUACGGCUGGCACUUCCCCGAGAUGGGCAAGGUGAUCAUCGACAACCUGGCCUACGCCAAGACCGUCCGCACCAUCACCACUCGUGACAAGGCCGCCACCACCGACCUGUCUGCCAUCCUCCCGGAGGAGCUGGAGAAGGAGGUCAAGGAGCUGGCCGAGAUCUCCAUGGGUACUGAGAUCAACGAGCAGGAUAUCACCAACAUCAUCUACCUGUGCGACCAGGUGAUCGCCCUGUCGGAGUACCGCGUCCAGCUGUUCAACUACCUGAAGAACCGCAUGCAGGCCAUCGCCCCCAACCUGACCGUCAUGGUUGGUGAGCUGGUCGGCGCGCGCCUCAUCGCCCACGCCGGCUCCCUCAUGAACCUGGCCAAGCAGCCCGCCUCCACCGUGCAGAUUCUCGGUGCCGAGAAGGCCCUCUUCCGUGCCCUGAAGACCAAGCACGACACCCCCAAGUACGGUCUCAUCUACCAUGCUUCCCUGAUCGGCCAGGCGGCUCCCAAGUUCAAGGGCAAGAUUUCUCGUGUCCUGGCUGCCAAGACCGCCCUGUCCAUCCGUGUGGAUGCCCUCGGCGAUAAGGACUCCGUCGACAUCGCCACCGAGGCCCGCGCCAAGGUCGAGGCCCGUCUGCGCCAGCUCGAGGGCAAGACCCGCCUUUCUCUCAACAAGCCCUCCGUGGCCGCCACCGAGGAGGCUGAGGCUGCCCCGUCCAAGAAGCGCUCCUCUUCGUCUGACGACGGUGAGAAGAAGAGCAAGAAGAGCAAGAAGAGCAAGAAGGACUAA